ACUUUGUCGAGUACUUCGCGCUCGACCUACUCAUGGAAGGGGGAGAGUGUGUGGGCGUCAUAGCCCUCAACCUGGAGGACGGGUCACUGCAUCGCUUCCGGGCCAAGAACACAGUGCUGGCGACCGGCGGCUACGGACGCGCCUACUUCUCGUGCACUUCGGCCCAUACGGUGACGGGCGACGGCACUGCGAUGGUGUGUCGGGCGGGCCUUCCCUGUCAGGACCUGGAGUUCGUUCAGUUCCAUCCGACCGGCAUUUACGGCGCCGGUUGUCUCAUAACAGAGGGCUGUCGAGGAGAGGGAGGCUUUCUGGUGAACAGCGAAGGCGAACGCUUUAUGGAGAGGUACGCACCGGUCGCUAAAGACUUGGCCUCACGGGAUGUGGUCUCGCGAUCCAUGACUAUAGAGAUGAGGGAAGGGCGCGGAUGCGGUCCUCUCAAGGAUUACGUGUACUUACAGUUGCAUCACUUGCCGGCCGAACAGUUGGCCACACGUUUGCCCGGAAUAUCCGAGACGUCGAUGAUAUUCGCCGGCGUCGACGUCACCAAAGAGCCCAUACCUGUGCUGCCGACCGUCCACUACAACAUGGGCGGCGUUCCCACCAAUUUCAAGGGCCAAGUGAUUACAUAUAGUGAGGGAAAGGGCGAUGUAGUGAUACCGGGUCUGUACGCGGCUGGCGAGUCGGCCUGCGCUUCAGUGCACGGCGCCAACCGGUUGGGCGCCAACUCCCUGCUCGAUAUCGUGGUAUUCGGUCGCGCCUGCGCUAAGACCAUCGCUGAGAUCAACAAACCCGGAGACAGUAUACGCGAACUGAAGAGCAAUUGUGGCGAAGAGUCGGUCGCAAACCUGGACAGAGUGAGGAACGCCGACGGGUCCACCUCUACGGCCGACUUGAGGCUCAAAAUGCAGAGGAAUAUGCAGACACACGCGGCUGUCUUCAGGACCGGGGAUGUGCUUAAGGAGGGCUGCGAUAAGAUCGACGAGUGCUUCGAACAGCUCUCAGAUGUUAAGGUGAAGGACAGGGGAUUGGUAUGGAAUACGGAUUUAGUGGAGACUCUGGAGCUCCAGAACCUAAUGCUCAACGCCUUAAUGACUAUCAACGGCGCCGAACGCCGUAAGGAGAGUCGUGGCGCACACGCCCGGGAGGACUACAAGGAUAGGGUGGAUGAGUACGACUACUCCAAGCCAUUGGAGGGCCAACAGAAGCGUCCGUUUGAACAACACUGGCGUAAACACACAUUAGCCGUCGUAGAGAACGGCAAAGUGAAGACAUGGUACAGACCUGUCAUCGAUGAGACACUGGACCGCGAGUGUAAUACAGUGCCCCCAGCCAUCAGAUCCUACUAGUGAUCCAUUCAAUUAGUAUUAAUUAAUUUAAAUUAAAUUUGAAACAAAUGUAUUAGUGAUUAGAGAUUGGGUUUUGAAUGACAUAAUAAUUGAAAUAAAAAUUGAUUUGAUUUUAAUUCAUAAUAUAAUAAUUAUAUGGUUUUAAGACAAUUGAAAGGCACGCAAGAG